GUACGUCACAGCACCCCUCCACCACAUGCGACUGCCAUGUGCUCAGUUGCAGGUGUGAGAAGCAGGUUGUUAUUAGUGUAGGUUAUGUAUUCACAACUCGUCUCGUCUCAGUCCUUCUUCCUCUACGUCUUCUGAAGCUCUAUACCUCGUCCUGCUUUCCUCCUACAUAACAACUCCUGCUACCCCUCGUUAUACUGUGGGUGACGCCGGCGGGUUGCUCGCAACUUAUCUAGGACUUCCAACUACCUCCCCAACAAUCAUGGCUGGUCACAAGGAGCCAAAGCUUCUCUAUACCAUCCCCGGCAUCAAAGCCUACCACAUCCAAAAUGGCGAGGAGCAAUCACUCACACCGUCUGGCCCGCAGACUCUGAGCUUGUUGAUGGUGCCGACGAGCUCACCCUUUUCCGGACUAAGCACGACGAUACCACAGAACGAAGCGCCGGAUGAAGACUUCUACCUCCAUCUCAACCUACCUCCGGAGCUUGAUCUGCCUCUACCCGCAACAACGCAGAUCUACCACCAGCCACCCAACUCUUACUUGAUACCACGCUGGGAUUUAGGACCUGACUCUGGUGCAUUUACCCGCAUAGAGUUUCCGCGGAUCGGCUACGGCGUGACCCAGGAGGAUAAAGACACCUUCGAGACCAUCCUCGCACAGUGUACGGCCUUCCUUGAGCGCGCCAAGCCGCCGCUUCCUUCUCGUCCGGGCGAGAAGAGCGCCUACCACCCAGCAGACUACGCACCGGGUGGCAAGUAUGCGUCCAACGAGAAAGGUCAGCCACAUGCCGGCCAGAUUGUCCUUAUCGAUGAGGAUAACGGCUCCGUAGUUGGCGAGCUCGGCGGCGACGCCAAGAUCUUCGAAGAUGCUAAGCUCAAGCCUGGCUCCAAAGACCCUGUCGAGGUGCAAGUGAGUGAAGAUGGCAAGCGCAUCGAAGUGCGGCCGGUGUCAGAAGACUAUCUCCGCAUGGCCAAACAUCCGGCAUACAAGGAUUCCAGCCUCGUCAAGAACGCAGCCACUGCAUCGCGGCUCAUCGUUACGGGCAGCUCAUACAUCGGCAAUAUGCUAUCAUCUUCCGCGGACAACUUCACGCAAAAAACGAAGCCUCUCCCGAAGCCGCUGGAAUUCACAGAAGCCACGCACGCCAGAGCAAGGAAAAUCAACACCUUCACCCAGGGAGCGGCAGGCUUGUCGUCAAAGACCGUCGGCCAAGCGACGAACAUUGUCCAGAACCUGGCUGCAGGCAUGUCCGGGCACAAGAAGCAUAGGCCGCUCAAAGGUUACGACGAGAAGGGCCGGCCUCUCGGACCCGACGACGGCUACAAGCCUGGGUUACUCAACAAAAGCAUGAUCGCCUUCUCCACCAUCGCAGACGGCAUCGCCUAUUCGGGCAAGAAUCUGCUCACAAGCUCCGGUGCUGCCGCGACGGCGGUGGUAGGCCACCGAUACGGACCCGAGGCUGGCGCCAUCGCGGCAGAUAUCGCUGGUGGCGUCAAGAACGUCGGUCUGGUGUACAUUGACGUUACGGGUGUGUCGCGUCGGGCCGUGAUCAAGUCUGUGGCUAAGGGCAUGGUUGUUGGUCGUGUGAGGGGGGGUGGUGAGGUUGUGGUUGGUGGAGGCGAUGGAGGCGUUAUUCCGGAGGAGGACCGGAGGAAGAUGGAGGGUAAGGAGGGCGUGCAGAAUGAGAAUACGCAUGGAGCGGGUACUGCGUAUGGGCCGACUGGAGGAGAGUACCAUCCGGUUGGAUUCGGAAAUGCUGCCCCUCCUGUCUACCAGGAGUUCGGACAGAAGAGGUAGAUCUGCACGAGCAGUUACCUGAGCGAGCCCUCCCCUGUUUCUUCUACCGCCUGAAUCGAUGCUAGCCUUAGCACAUUGAGUAAUCGGCCACUACGAGUAUAUAGUGAGUAUGACCUAACUCACCGCCUCUGACGAGGAUAACCAUUUGCCAGUAGUCCACAACGCAUGUACGUCC